AUGCCACCAAAAAUAAAGAAAGUUCAAAAAAAGGCAGAAGUUCCACUUACCAGUAGCAGCAAGUCCACACAAGAUAUUCUAAAAGGUGCUCCUUCCUUACGGACAGGACUUUCUAUUGGUCCAUGUGAAAUCUGGUUUAAGUAUGGAGAUGCUCAACCAACUAGAGUUUUUUUUGAAGGAAUUGUGGAUGACCUGAAAGGAGAAAUUAAAAAGAAACUGUCAAAUCAGUUAGUCGAUGUUGAUGUUACUCAGAUUAUGCUAAGAAAAAACGAUGAAGAAACGGAUUUACGUGCAGAUUUUAUUAUUGAUCGAAACUUUUUAACUUCAUAUGACACACCACUACAAGUCAUUGUAAAUGCACAUGCCUCGCGAAAGCAUAAAAUUGAUACGGUAUUAGAAAAAUUAGAGGAGAUAGAAAAAGCAGUCUCUCAGCAAAAGUCUGCUGAUAGGGUUUCGGUAUCAAAUUUGUCUGAAAUAAGAAUGCGUGAAAUUUUAAAUUGUAUUGGAUUUAUGGAAGAAGACUUCGAACCACUUAAACCCAUUUUAUGUACACCAUUUCAAUGGGGUGAAGAAGCAGAGUCUCAACAAAUGGGUGAAAUAGUGAAAUGGUUUUGUGAUGCGCUAAAAUUACCACGAGGCAUUAAUGUUUGGGACAUCCAUACAGAUGUAAAUUAUCAACGAGAAAUAAAAGGUGCAAACAUUAUUUUAACCGGUGGUAGUGAUAUAGCUAUUGGACCUAGUAGGACAGAAUGUAUUUGGAUUGAGGCCAAGAAAUCAGCGGCAGAAUGUAAAAGAGGUCUGGCUAUUGGGAAGCUAUUGUUAAUAGAUAAUAGAUCUGCUCUAAAUUCAAUGGUUGUCCUAACGGACUGUAAUAAUUUUUGGAGAAUAUACUAUAUCAUAAAUAAUAAUAAUGAAAGCCGCAUUGUAAGUUGUGAAGCUGAUCGCGGAUUGACUUUGGCAAUAAUUAAACAGUUUGUAAUCGAAGAAGGAAAUCAGUUCAAUGAGUGGAAAGGAAAGGCAACCACCUGCGUAUCAGAAGAUACCAUUGAACCUCUUAGAAAAAAAGCAAAGCUUAUUGAAUACACAACUGAAGAAAGCGAUGAAAGGAUGAAAUUAAUGAUUGAUGACAUGUCAGAAGAGGAAUUAUUCAAAAUGAAGGCUCGUCAAAAGUUAAUGAUUGUAAGAAAGUCUUGUAAAUUAGAUGAGCAACCAUAUAUUGAUCGAAUUAUCAGUCAGCUUAGUGAUAAUUAUGAGUAUCUUGCAGACCAACAUAGGCAGUCUUCUGAUUGUGAAAAUUUGCAAUUGUCAAUGUUUGGAUAA